GGUAUUUAUGGUACACCAUACAUUUGAUUAAAUACCUCAUUGAACUGCAUCAGUGGGUAUAAAAAGUUUCAUCUCUAUUGACUACUGUGAUUCAUUCACUAUGGUCACUGGGUUUGCUGCACCAUCUGACCCUUUUAUUUUUUGAGAUAAUUAGGGUGUCUUACAUUAUAUCUUUGUAUGUACUUCAAAAACAACAAAAUUUUUAGUAAGUUUACUGGGUUUGUUUUGUGCAACCUUGGGAUGGGGACAAGUUAACUAACUAAGAUAGCAACCUUUUUCUUUUUUUCUCUUUUUUUCUACAGAUUUAUAUUUAUUAAAUUUGUCAACUUGGAGUAAACUAUCAUAAGUUGUUGAUUUUCCUUGAUGUUGGUCAUAGAUUCGAUUUCUUUAUAUUGGUGUAGCUAUUUACAUUUUAGACACACCAACUUCCAUGGGAGACACCCAAAUUACCUGCAGGGGGAAAUCCCUUGAAGAAACUGAUCAUCAAAGCAGUGAUCAGGAAAAUCUAUUGUCAUCACUCCCAAAAGAGAAGGGAUGGAUAGGAAGUCAUCUUUAUCUCUACCAUGGCCUUUGGUGUAGUCCAGGAGUCAUUGCCUCCAUAAAACCAUUCCACCACCACUUUCAAGCAGAAGACUCUGACAUUGUUCUUGCGUCCAUACCUAAAUCAGGAACUACUUGGUUAAAAGCCUUAACAUUUGCCAUUGUGAACCGUUCACGCUACACACUCUCUGAGAAUCCCUUGCAUUCUCAUAAUCCUCAUGAUCUUGUCACACACUUGGUGUCUAUACAUUACAGAGAUGAUCACCAGACUCCAGACCUUUCACAACUUCAGCAACCCAGAAUCUUUGGCACACAUCUUCCUUUUCCGUUGCUAGCAGAAUCGAUGAAGAGCUCAAGUUGUAAAGUAGUUUACAUAUGUCGAAACCCGUUCGACAACUUUGUAUCUGCCUGGCAUUUCUUCUCCAAAUCUAGGCCUAAGAGUCUUGACCCACUUUCAAUUAAUGAUGCAUUUGAUAUGUAUUGCAGGGUGGGUCCUUUCUGGGACCAUGUGAUUGGGUAUUGGAAGGAGAGCAUGAAGAACUCUCACAAGGUGUUGUAUAUGAAGUAUGAGGAGAUGAUGGAGGACAGUUUGUCUCAAAUCAAGAGAUUGGCAAUGUUUCUGGGAUUUCCUUUUUCUUUGGAAGAAGAGAGAGAUGGAGUGAUUGAAGGAAUAUCAAAGCUGUGUAGCUUUGGAUACAUGAAGGAUUUGGAGGUGAACAAACAUGGAAAGAUUACAAUGGACGUUGAAUAUAAGAGUUUCUGGAAAGGUCAAGUUGGUGACUGGAUCAAUUAUUUUACUCCUUCAAUGGUGGAAAGAUUGAACAAUAUCAUGGAAGAAAAGUUGGCUGGUUCUGGUUUGACAUUCAAGAAUACUUUGCCAAGUCCCUAGUCUUUGAAACGUUGGCUUGUUCUUGUUUGCUUUAAUAAUAAUGAUAUUGCUGUAAUCGAAGCAUUGCUCUUUCAUUAGUAAGUACUGUCUCUGAUUUCUGAAUUAUUACAAAUUUAUUUGAAAAAUCUGUUUUUUUUUU